UUUGUUGCACCCCUUCUUCUGGAUUGGUUCCACCACCACCGACCCACGUGACCCAAUUGUGACUGCUGUGCCCACAAUAUUCUUCCACCGGGCCUUUUCUUGAGCGGUGCUGGGAACCAGAUGGUGCCUGUGUGCCCAACACACUCCCCGAAAACACAGGCGGCCGUGGAAAGGCAACCUCCUCGCCAGAUUUUGAAGGGUUGCCACCUUAGCUUGUCGGUGGGAUACACGAUCUCAGCCGCUGGGGCUUCAGAGGCAUGGACGCCCACCAUGAAGCUGAAUGAAAGGAGCCUCUCCUUCUACGCCACCUGCGCCUCCCCGGCCGACCACGUCGGCUUCCUGCACAAGAAGGGCGAGCGGAACACGGCCUACCACCGGCGCUGGUUCGUGCUGAGGGGGAACAUGCUCUUCUACUUUGAGGAGCGGGAGAGCCGGGAGCCCGUGGGCGUCAUCGUUCUGGAGGGCUGCACGGUGGAGCUGUGCCAGGCCAGCGAGGAGUUCGCCUUCGCCAUCCGGUUCGACGGCCCCAAGUCCCGCACCUACGUGCUGGCGGCCGAGAGCCAGCCCGCCCUGGAGCGCUGGGUCAAGGCGCUCUCCAGAGCCAGCUUCGACUACCUGCGCCUGGUGGUGAGAGAGCUGGAGAAACAGUUGGAAGAGAUGCAGGCGGCCGUCCCGGGCGCCCAGCCGGGCCCGAGACGGCAGCGGCUGCUGCAUCGCAAAAACAAAACGGCUCCCAAUUUGGAACUGGCUGCCCUGCCGCGGGAGAAGCCAGCCCUGCCCGUUGGCGUCCCCGGGAAAGAGAACGGCUGUGCCUUAUGGAAUAACUCGGAGGCCUCGGCCAGCUGGUCUCCUGCCUGCAGAGGGGUAAACUCCUAUAGCACGGCCAAGAGCUACGACGGGGGGCUCAAACCGCCACCGUUGCCCCCUCGUAGGCGGUCACUGCCGAGCAGCUCCGGUGGGCUGAGCUCAGACAGCCCACCCUCUCCAAGUGGCGUGUGUUUCUCCCAAUUGCAUGGUUGGUACGGCCAGGAGAUCGUGGCGUUGCAGAAGGCCUGGCUGGAGGGCCAGGAGGGGGAGGAGAGCAGCCUUUGAAACCCCCCAGGGGUGGAGAGGCGGUUCCUGGAAAAAGUGAACCGGCUGAGGCUCAGCCACUCUUGGAAAACCCAGCAAGGCCGUCUGGCAGAUGAGACUCCGGGAAACUUCGGUCUGCCGAUAGCCCCCUUCUGUGAUUCAUGGAAAAAUCAUGGCCGGUGCCAGCUCACAUCCUUCCCCCUUCCUCCAA